AUGCUGGCCGACUGGCAGAACCCGCAGGGCUGGAUGUGGGAUUCGGCGUACGGCUGGGCUUACGAUGCGCGAGGGGAUGUUGCUUCCUGGCCAAAUGGAGCAUACGAGGAGAACGUGGCCUGGAAGUAUCCGCAGGAUGCCUACCAAACCUACUGGCAGGCCGACGCGGAGAUGCCGAUUUCCUCACAGUUGGAGGCCAAGACCCGCGCCUUUCAGCCGAAGAGGCCGGACAUCUCGCUGAACUUGGGUUUCGACGAGGAAGUCAGGCCGCAGCUACCCUCCGGGCUUUUGGACGACGAGGACGACGUGACCGAGGUGCCCGCGGCGCGGGCGCGGCCGGAAGCCGUGCGGCCACGCAUGCGGCACCCGUUGCCGCCCAACCAGGUGCAACACCCGACCUUGCAAGCGCAGUUCGGCGUGCAGGCGCCGCAGCCAGGCCUGCAGGCGCGCGCAAAGAGUCCGCCGGGCCUGGCGCCGCCGAAGGCGCCGGGAACUGUGCAGGUGUCUGCGCUGGCGGCGCUGUGGCAGCCCAAGGCCAUCACUUUGGCCCCGCCUGUGGAGGUGUGCCCCGGGAUCACCGUGGGCCAAGUGGACGUCUGGGGUAUGACCUGCACACGCGCGGAGUGGCGCAUCGAGGACGUCAGAGAGAAGCUCCAGGCCUCGAUGGGCCGACCUUUGGUGUCGCCCCCCUUCGCCGCACGUGGUCUGCCCAACUUGCGGCUCAUGGUCUUCCCAGACGCGCGGGAGGCUGCGAAAGGCGUGCGACAGCGUGAAAGGAAGGGCCUCUACGCCACGAUGGUGAAGAAGGGCCCUGUCCACGCCUCGCUGAAGCUCAAAGCCGACUGCCUGCUCGAUGCCACCGUUCUACGAUUUCACCUCACGGUGGGUAAUAUCCGGUGUGGCCCGUUUACCUACGAUUACGCAGAGUGUGCCGUGCACGGCUGCGAAGACUUCGGAAUCGACUGGUUGAAGGAGAUCGACGAUGUCGAGUCCCUCCGCGUGGGAGUGGAAAUCCUGGAUGUGGUGGACAGCGCGGAAUGUCCACAAGAGCUGCUGCUGUUGUGCAAUGGCUCACACAGGAGCAAGGGCCAGAUUCGCCAUCACCUGGUAAAGAGCAUAACAUUGUGCAAAGUCACCAAGGUCACCCACAUUCCAAGCAAGGCCUACGCGAGAAAGGCCCCGGACACGGCUGCCAAAGCUGUGGGUUGGUUACUUCAGCUGCCAGUGGGCGCGGCCGGGGCCUGGCUGUCGGAAGCCCUCGAUGCGAAGCUGGAAGCCGCGAGGAGGCUGCCUGCCGAGCUGGUCAUCGAUGGAGCAGUGGCUCGAGUUUUGCAAUCAGGACCGCAAGAGGAGAGGUCGGACUUCGAUUGCGUUCUCAACUUUGAGCUGCUGGACACGCUCAGUGUCAAGGACUUCCUUCCUUUCUGCACUGCCACUCUGGGUGCGCUGCGCCCGGGUGGCUUAGCCCUGUUCGUGUCGGAGGAAUCUGAGGCCUUCGGCACCUUGAAGCGCGCCAUGCGCCAGCUGCGGCCUCUGGCCACGGAGCGCCUCGUGGCGCGGAGUCUCAACGAGCGCCUCACGCUCCACAUCUACAGGAAGGCAGAGGAGACGGCCCCGGAGGCAGAAGCGGUGCCGGCGAAAGCGGCGAAAGCGGAGACGGCCAGCGAACGACCGGCAGGGUGGGGUCAAUGGCAGAAGGCCUGGGUGCAGCCCGCGCGGCCCGUGGUGGACCUCGCCAAGAUGCUCCGAGGCGAUGCUCCCGAGGCGCUGCCGGAGGCAGAGGAGGCGGAAGUGGAGGCGGAGGAGUGGCUGUCUGAUGCGCUGCAACUCGUGCUGCUGCCGGGCCGGGGUCGGGGCCUCACCCUGGCGCGGCCGGUGGAGGCUGGAGAGCUGCUGAUGGUGUCCAAAGCGCUCUUUCUGGCGCCGGCAGACCAGAUCCAGCCCGUGGCAGUGAGUUGGCUCCUCGAGGCCACAGUACGGCAGAAGCAGCAGUUCUACAGCCUCUUCGAUGGGUCCAACGGUGACGUGCUGGUGCCGCUGGACCUGUACCGGCCAGGAGGUGAUGCUGUUGAAGGCCUGCCAGUACCUGAACGCAUGGAUCCAGAGCGGAUCUACCAGAUCCUGGCUUUGAAUGGCCUGCAGGCCGACAAGCUUCAGGCCGGCAAGAAAGCCGACGAGCACACAACGCCGGUGUCUGGACUUUGGGCGAUACCUUCCCUGCUCAACCACGCGUGCCUUCCAUCUACUGUGGCAGUGCCCCUAACGAAGACCACCUUGGCCUUUGUGGCUGCGCGCGGAAUGCCCGCCGGCGCGGAGCUGACGACGAGAUAUUGCCAGCUGCAGCUGCCGCUAGCUCAGCGCCGCGCCGAGCUGAAGCGCCAGAAAGGCUUCGACUGCCAUUGCCGGCGCUGCGAGGUGGAGUCGAUUGUGCCGGACCAGCUCUCACGCAAGCUUUUGGAGGCACAGCAGCGUGCUGCCGCGCUGGAUCUGCCGCCCACAGAUUUCCUCACAGCCCUCAAUGAGGUGGCGGCCAUCACGCGUCGCGAGGUGGUGGCUUGUGCAACGGAGGCGAACCAGUCCCAGGCGACUCAGGUGCUCCUCGCCAGCUACAGCUCCGUCUUCCUCUCCCGCGCCAUGGCACUGGAGGUGGCGGGCGCCGACAGCCAAGCCGCCUGGGAGGAGUUGCGGGAGCUGCUGGCGCAGCUGGAGCCCUGCUCUUUGGACCACCUCCUGGCCGCCCAGAAGGCCGCGCAGCGCGGCGCCUGCGGCGCCGGCGCCGCCGCCGAGGCGGCGGCCUGGCUGGGGCGCCAGGCCGUGCUGCAGGCGAGAGCUGCUGGGUGUGAUGUCUCCGCACCUUCCGCGCUGAGUGCUGCCCAGCAAGACGCGGCCAUGGCCGCCUUCCAGCGCCAGACAGAGGCCCAGGGGCCUUUGGACUGGCAGAACAUCCUGGGGCUGCUGAAGCAGCACGGCAGCUGGGCGAAGGAAGCCGCGAGGCCUAUCGCUGGGAGCUGCGUGACAAAGUUUGGCGCUUGCACCUCCCAGGCUUCGACGCGGGCGCGCAGCUGGACAUCUCCGGGUCAUUGGUGCGGCUGCAAAGCGACGGCCGGCUGGUGGAGGUCAACGUGCCGGAGGAGCUUCGGCCGGCGGAUGUGUCUCGCGUGA